AUGGCGAUUGGUGGGCUCAUAGAGCCCCUUCACAGAGUAGUUGGUAUUGGAAAAAAAAUAGUGGAAGUCAAAGAUCGAUUCAAACAUCUUAUUGAUAUUCCAGGUUUUAUUCAUGAUGAGUAUACCAUCAAAAAUGGUUAUCAUCUGCUCUGUUCUGGUCAUCACCGAUUUCAAUGGUGUUCAGAAGUGUGGGGAAGGCUGAAUAUACCAAAGCAUAGUGUCAUCAUGUGGCUAGCUACUCUUGACAGAUUAAAGACUAAGCAAAGAUUGUUGAAUUUCCAGAUGGUGAACUCCUCAACCUACUUAUUCUGUGAUAUUCAUGAGGAAAGUGUAACUCAUCUUUUCUUUGAAUGUCAUCUUAGUAAGAUUUGUAUUAAGAAGGUGAAAGAGAAGAUGGGUUCGAGUGCAAAAUCUGAAGAUUUACGCAACCUUUUGAGGUGGAUCUCUCGGGCUCCAAUGAGUAAGUUUCAUAAGAUGGUCUAUGCGGCUUUUGUUGCUGCGGUGGUUUAUCAUAUUUGGAAAGCAAGGAAUGAAGUUUUUUUGUUGUUUAAGGUGAGAAGGAUAGAUUUAAUUGUGAAUAAUAUUAUAAAUGAUGUAAAAAAUAGAGUUCAAGGUGUUAUGCCUAAAACAGUUAGUAGUAUUGACAGGGAAUGGUUUGAUUCAUUGUAA